AUGAGGGUUUUAGUGCUUCUAUGUCGGAAGACGAGGUGGUUUUUUCCCAUUCAAACAAAUGUUGUUGAAUCAAUAUCACCUAAAUCAGCAACAUCAACAUUAACGGUCAUUUGUGAUAAUCAUCAUGUUGAUGUUUCUGACAAGCUUAUUUAUAAGGUAAGUAUAAGUUUUCUUAUUGUUCUUAUUGAUCUAUUCAAUUUGGUUGGUGAUGAUACUAUUGAAGAUGAUAUUUCUAAGACACCUAUCUCCAAAUGUGGUUUACAAGAUGGUGGAGAAAGUAAAGUUGGUGAUGAUACUAUUGAAGAUGAUAUGUCUAAGACACCUAUCUCCAUAUGUGGUUUACAAGAUGGUGUAGAAAGUGAAGAUGCUUGUGUUGUUAUUGAAGUUGAUUCUUCUGAAAAGUCAUUUAUCGAAUCCUCAAUAACACCAAUGAAGUGUGGACUUCCAUGA